GAUGAUAAUGAAGAUAAUUCAAAUGAUGGGACUCAGCCAUCCAAAAGGAGGCGGAUGGGCUCUGGAGACAGCUCGCGGAGCUGUGAGACGUCCAGUCAGGAUCUCAGCUUUAGUUACUAUCCAGCAGAAAAUCUGAUUGAGUACAAAUGGCCACCUGAUGAAACAGGAGAGUACUAUAUGCUUCAAGAGCAAGUUAGCGAAUAUUUGGGUGUGACCUCCUUUAAACGGAAAUAUCCAGAUUUAGAGCGACGAGAUUUGUCUCACAAAGAGAAACUCUACUUGAGAGAGCUAAAUGUCAUUACAGAAACUCAGUGUACUCUAGGUUUAACAGCAUUGCGCAGUGAUGAAGUGAUUGAUUUAAUGAUAAAAGAAUAUCCAGCCAAACAUGCUGAAUAUUCUGUUAUUCUACAAGAAAAAGAACGCCAGCGCAUUACAGAUCAUUAUAAAGAGUAUUCUCAAAUGCAACAACAGAAUACUCAGAAAGUUGAAGCCAGCAAAGUGCCUGAGUACAUUAAGAAAGCUGCCAAAAAAGCAGCCGAAUUUAAUAGCAACUUAAAUCGGGAACGGAUGGAAGAAAGAAGAGCUUAUUUUGACUUACAGACACACGUUAUCCAGGUGCCUCAAGGGAAGUACAAAGUGUUGCCAACAGAACGGACAAAGGUCAGUUCUUACCCAGUGGCUCUCAUCCCCGGACAAUUCCAGGAGUACUACAAGAGGUACUCACCAGACGAACUGCGGUAUUUGCCUCUGAACACAGCCCUGUAUGAGCCUCCUCUGGAUCCUGAGCUCCCUGCACUGGACAGCGAUGGUGAUUCAGACGACGCUGAAGACGGGCAUGCUGACGAGAAGCGGAAACAUAAAGGCACCUCGGACAGCUCCUCAGGCAAUGUGUCAGAAGGAGAAAGCCCUCCCGACGGCCAGGAGGACGCCUUCCAGGGAAGACAGAAGUCGAAAGACAAAGCUGCCACUCCGAGAAAGGAUGGCUCCAAACGUUCUGUACUGUCCAAGUCAGUUCCUGGGUACAAGCCAAAGGUCAUUCCAAAUGCUCUAUGUGGAAUUUGUCUGAAGGGUAAGGAGUCCAACAAGAAAGGAAAGGCUGAAUCACUUAUACACUGCUCCCAGUGUGAUAACAGUGGCCAUCCUUCUUGCCUGGAUAUGAGCAUGGAGCUUGUUUCUAUGAUUAAGACCUACCCAUGGCAGUGUAUGGAAUGUAAGACAUGCAUUGUAUGUGGACAACCCCACCAUGAAGAAGAAAUGAUGUUCUGUGAUGUGUGUGACAGAGGUUAUCAUACUUUUUGUGUUGGCCUUGGUGCUAUUCCAUCAGGUCGCUGGAUUUGUGACUGUUGUCAGCGAACUCCCCCAACACCCAGGAAAGUGGGCAGAAGGGGGAAAAACAGCAAAGAGGGAUAAAAUAGUUUUCUGACCCAAAUGCUACAUAUGCACUGAAGUGGAAUAUUUGGUGCCAAUUUAUUUACAUUUUCAUUUUUAUGCCAAUAAAAGAUUUUUGAAAUUAACUAUAA